GUGCAAUUUUAAAACAGUUGUCAAUAUAAAAUAUGGCCGAGACUGAGCUCGCCCAGGUGCUCAAGGAUCUUCCGUAUAAAGUGCAAUCUGCUAGUUUGAAGGAGCGCAGAGAGGUUAUAGAAAAUGUCAUCAAUGUUUUGUCCAAUCCCGGAGUCAGUGAGAAUAUUAUAAAGGGCAUCAGCAAGUUGUUGCACUUGACACUGUUCAGAUACAGGGACAGCUUCUCACAGUUGCUGGUUAGGAAUCUGAUAACAGCCUUAUUGGAAAAACACUCUGAAUCUUCUAUAAAAUGUUUGACUACACUUGUUCAAGACAUUUCCAAGCAACAGAGAAACUUGGUGGCAACCCAAAACACCUGCCAAACUGCCUUGUAUGCAUUACAAUGGUCAACCCUUAUUUUCAACAUUGGAUGGAAGAACAAUCAGCAAGUGUUAGAAAGCCAGCUUCAACAGAUCAUUGAAGCUCAAGCACUUCUUUUAACAUCUGUUGUUAAUGCUGGCAAUGAAAAGAGAUCAACAAAAGCUUACAAUCUGUUGAACCAAUCAUGGGCACUGGUUAAAGACAGUGAACAGUUAUAUUUGGAAAACUUGAAAAAGAUUGAGCAAAGUCCUAGUGUAUGCAUUUUAGCCUCAGCUGUUACCAGAAGAUUAAACUACAUUGGAAACAAACAUGCUUUAAAUGACUAUCUGGAGUAUUUCCUGGAUAUUUUAAUAAAAAAUUUAAUUAGCUGUAAAACCAGACCAUCAGAGAACAUAAUCAAAGCAUGUUAUCCAUUAUUGGAACAAGUAAAUAAAGAUCAGUUCAAGAAUUUAUUGCUACCAGCAGUGCAAAAGGCUAUGCUCAGAAACCCUGAAGUUAUAUUAGAAUGUGUGGGACUGAUUGUGUCAGGUGUAAAAGUGGAUAUGAGUCCACAUGCCAUGGAUAUUGGAAAUAGUUUAAUAGCAAAUCUUCAUUCUAAGGAUGACAAAGCUAGACAAGAAUCAGCUCAGGCAUUAAAAUGUCUUGCUCAACAAAUAAGUGAAAAGAAAGCUAUUGAAGACUUGCUGAAAAAAAUCUUUGCAGUUUUUCAUGGCUCUGAUGGGAAAUUGACUGUAGCAGAACACAAGAUAAGUGUACUAGAGGGUGCUGGUAAUGUAAGUUACAACAAUGUACAGAAUCCUCACCUUCAAGAAUUAGUUACUGUGGCAGCUGAUAACUUUAUUAAAGUGUUGGAAAUUGAAGUCCAUGAAAAAACAUUGUGCCAUUCCUUAAGUAUGUUGACUUUGUGGACCUCCAAGUUAAGCAAUGAAGUGCCAAAAAAGAUUAUUGAUUCCUUAAAGAAUGGUUUCAACUUGAAGACUUCUACUCCUCUAGUAAAAACUGCCUAUGUGGAAUGCCUCUUGUCCAGUCUCAAGUCGACGAACGUUUCUCAGGCGAAAGUGAUGGCUCCGUUGUUACUUAAAUCUGUGGAAAAAGCAGUGUCCCAACCCACGCAAUCCGUGACGGUGACCGAAGGGCUCAGCGCCGCAGUUUUGCUCUUAAGUCUAGCCCAUGCAAAAGUCGAGAUUGAUGGUGGAUACCAGGCUGUGUGGAACGCAGUCCUCGACAUGGACAAACAGAUUUUCGUGUCUGAGAAGUAUCUUUCUUCUGCCACCAAUGAAGCCUUGGUAUUGGUGAUGCAGCUUGGUGAAAAAUUGCUGGUAAAUUUUCCCGAGAAGGUCAGCGCGAACGCCACCCCUCUAUACAAAGCUAUUUUGCACUGCGUCACCGUUACGUGUCCGGAAACUAGGAAAAAGAACUUGGCGGUCCUACGGCGAAUGGUGAACGGUUUGGGCGGUCCUUCCAUAAGCAAAGUUCUGUUCGCCGAACUGCUUAAGCUGCUCCUUAAACCUCCCGCACCCACCAAAAACGAUAAAGACUCCAAUGAGGAAUCAACGGAGUUGUUGCCCCACGCUGUAGUUGAAUGCAUAGUGACUUUGUGUUCGUCUUCUGGUCUUACUCCAGAACAUUUGCGGGCAUUGGCUAUUGACAGUUUGUUGCCCACACACCAUCCAUCAGUAGUCAAGCUGAGUCCAAACUUGUGGGUCAAGAUCCUCAAAUUCCACAACAUCAAAUCAAAGGAUUUGAUUGGCCAAACUGGAUCUGAGUUAAGGAAAAUUUUUAUUGACAAUUAUCAGGCUUUACCGAUAUAUGAAAAUGCACUAGCUACAGUCCUUCAACUAAAUCCAAAUGUGUUGUUAACUGAAAUAACACAUAAAUUUGUGGAUGAACUUAGCAAUUCUACAAUUCGUCAAAUCACCAAGGACGACUAUUUUACAUUCUUGACCCCAGAAGGAGAACUUUAUGACAAAAGCGUUGUACCAGGAGAUGAUUCUAACGCUGAAAUGAAUAUGAAGCGGGAGAGCAAGGCCUACAGUUACAAAGAACAACUUGAAGAGUUGCAGUUAAGAAGAGAACUGGAGGAAAAAAGAAAGAAGGAAGGUAAGGUGAAGCCUCCUCAAUACACACCAAAACAACUAGAGGCGAUUAAGAAUCAAAAAAUCAAAGAGCAAACAAUCCGGGAAAGACUGACACAGUUGAACACAAUGCUGGUAAAUAAUGUGUCUCUGAUACGGGCGGCAGCAAAAGGAAACCCAGUAAUGCUGUCGCUUAACUUUAAGGAUUUGUUACCCUGCAUAUUAAAUAAUCUACAGUCUCCUUUGGCUGCCCCAUUGUUGUCAAAAUUAUUCACAGAUCUACGUUACACCGUAUUCCCAUCUAACGUUGACACACUCGCUGAGCUAAUAGCUUUCGUCACUCUUAGACUAAGCAAACCGCAGUGCGAUUUAGACGCUAAUUGGGAGGACGAGGACUUAAACAAGGCGAUGGUUAGAACAGUCAGUUUGAUCCAUCAAAGGACGGUUCCUAAGAGAAAUGAUGAAGACAAUAAAUGUGAGAGUUUUACUAUUCCUGCUUUCUCUUACACUUUCCCGUUGAUUAAGUGUAGUUUACUAUCAAACUAUGCCAAAAACCACGACGAGUUAAUUCAUGAUGGACUACAAAUCAUCAACGAGCAUGCCAAAUUAAGGGGAACUGAAAACGGAAACAAGGACGUGAGGCAUCCUCAGUAUUUGCCAACAGAGCAAAUAUUCACACUUCUAGUCCACAUAAUAAACUCCACGAGCGGUAGGGUUCAAUCACAGUGUGAGGCCUGCUUGUUGGAAGUCGCAGCUUGCGUCAGCGGCAACGAAGGUUGCGCAAAAGCUUCUACGAAAGAAAUAGACGUACUCCUGACUGCUCUUCAAAGUCCCACUGUUGUGGUAAGAGACGCGGCAUUAAGAGGUCUAGCAAUCGUCGUAUCGGUACUACCCAACUACGACACUGAUUACGAGUACGCCAUGAAAAUAAGCAAAAGGGUCUGGAUCGCCAAAUUUGAUGAGAACGAGGAAAACAGAACCUUGGCGGACAAACUUUGGGAAACUGCCAAUUUAAGUUUCCCUGCUAGUCUUAGCGGAGAAUUAUUAUCCGAUAUCGAACAUCCAGUUGAGUGUGUGCAAGCUGCAGCUUCUCAGGCCAUGGCCAAUUUGCUAGAAUCGGAUCCAGAACAGGUGGAGGGUACAUUUAAACAACUUUUGGAAUUAUACAACAACAGACUUCAGAUGAUUCCUGCGAAAUUGGACGAAUUCGGUCGUGAGGUGGAGAAAGCCAUUGAUACCUGGUUUCCUAGAAGGGGUGUGGCCCUUUGUCUGGCACAAUUGGCUCCUCUAGUCACCCCUGAUUUAAUUGGGGAUUUGGUUCAGUUCUUCGUUUUUAAAUCUCUCGGAGACAGGAACGAAACCGUCAGAAAGGAAAUGUUAAAUGCUGCUCUGAGGAUUGUGGAUCUCCAUGGAAAAGAAACUGUUGGAACUUUGUGGCCAGUUUUCGACAACUUCAUGAGUAAAUCUUCCAAGUCGGCCCACUUCGAUGCCGUCAAACAGGCCGUGGUCAUCCUCAUGGGUUCAUUGGCCCGUCAUUUGGACAAAGAUGAUGAAAGAAUCAAACCUAUCGUCUUGCGUUUGAUUCAAGCUCUUUCCACUCCUUCGCAAAUUGUACAAGAGUCAAUCGCCAACUGUUUACCUCCUCUUAUACCAUCAGUCAAAGAAGAAGCUCCCGGAUACGUUAAUAAACUUCUACACCAGUUGCUAAAAGGCGACAAAUAUGGCGAGAGAAAGGGAGCCGCUUACGGUUUGGCUGGCCUGGUCAAGGGAAUGGGUAUUUUGGCCCUGAAACAACACGAGAUCAUGCAGAAGCUUACCGAUGCUAUACAAGACAAGAAAAAUUACAAAUUUAGAGAAGGUGCACUUUUUGCAUUCGAGAUGCUCUUCCAAAUGCUGGGCAAACUAUUCGAGCCUUACAUCGUCCAUGUUUUACCCCACUUGUUGCAGUGCUUCGGCGAUAGUAGCCAGCACGUGCGUACAGCUGCCGACGACACUGCCAAGGUAGUGAUGAGCAAGCUAUCCGGACACGGAGUAAAACUAGUUCUGCCAUCAUUAUUGGAGGCCUUAAACGGUGAUUCUUGGCGUACCAAAACUGGCUCUGUCGAGCUGUUGGGCGCCAUGGCUUAUUGUGCACCCAAGCAGUUGUCCUCCUGCUUGCCCAGCAUUGUGCCCAAGUUGAUUGAGGUGCUCAGCGACUCGCACAUGAAGGUACAGGAAGCUGGAGCAGCAGCUCUCAAGGUUAUCGGCUCGGUUAUUAGGAAUCCGGAAAUUCAAGCAAUCGUACCAGUUCUUCUAAAAGCCCUCCAAGAUCCCUCAAACAAGACCAGUGUAUGUUUGCAAACCUUGCUGGACACACAAUUCGUCCAUUUCAUCGACGCCCCGUCUUUGGCUUUAAUAAUGCCUGUCGUACAAAGAGCGUUCCUUGAUAGAUCCACAGAAACACGUAAAAUGGCAGCACAAAUCAUCGGUAAUAUGUACUCGCUAACUGACCAAAAAGAUUUACUGCCCUAUUUGCCUACCAUUAUACCUGGUCUAAAGACCUCCCUCUUGGAUCCUGUACCUGAGGUUAGAAGUGUCAGUGCGAGAGCUUUGGGUGCUAUGGUUAGAGGCAUGGGCGAGUCCAGCUUUGAAGACUUGUUGCCAUGGUUAAUGCAGACCCUCACUUCCGAGUCUAGUUCUGUGGACAGGUCCGGUGCUGCCCAAGGUUUAUCCGAAGUUGUAGGAGGAUUAGGAGUGGAGAAACUUCACAAAUUAAUGCCCGACAUUAUUAGUACCGCUGAACGCACAGACAUAGCCCCACAUGUCAAAGACGGUUACAUUAUGAUGUUUAUAUACAUGCCCGUCGUAUUCACCAACGAAUUCACGCCGUACAUUGGUCAAAUUAUUACUCCAAUUCUCAAAGCGUUGGCGGACGAAAAUGAAUUCGUGAGAGACACCGCAUUGAAGGCUGGUCAGAGAAUCGUGACAUUGUAUGCGGACUCUGCCAUUUUACUACUGCUUCCCGAAUUGGAGAAGGGUUUGUUCGAUGACAACUGGAGAAUCCGGUACAGUUCUGUGCAAUUGUUGGGUGACUUGCUAUACAGGAUUUCCGGAGUUACGGGUAAGAUGAGUACCGAGACGGCCAGCGAAGAUGAUAAUUUUGGUACGGAGCAGUCUCAUCAAGCCAUCAUCAGGGCUUUGGGUGCGGAAAGGCGAAACAGAGUUUUGGCCGGAUUAUAUAUGGGCAGGUCCGAUGUGGCUUUGAUGGUGCGACAAGCAGCACUGCACGUGUGGAAGGUAGUAGUGACCAAUACACCAAGAACUCUCCGAGAAAUUCUGCCUACGCUCUUCAGUCUAUUGCUAGGCUGUUUGGCAAGCGAAAGUUACGACAAACGUCAGGUGGCAGCGAGAACUCUGGGAGAUCUAGUAAGAAAGCUGGGAGAAAGAGUCCUGCCCGAAAUCAUACCGAUUUUAGAAAGGGGAUUGCAGAGCGAUCAACCCGAUCAACGACAAGGUGUCUGCAUUGGUUUGUCCGAAAUUAUGACUUCCACUUCAAGGGAUAUGGUUCUCAGUUUUGUAAACUCGUUGGUGCCAACCGUAAGGAAGGCACUGUGCGAUCCUUUGCCUGAAGUACGUAGAGCGGCCGCAAAGACUUUCGACAGCUUACAUUCUACGGUUGGUGCGAGAGCUUUGGACGAUAUACUUCCAUCAUUGCUUAACCAGUUAAACAGCGAAGAUCCAGACGUUGUAGAAUGUACUUUAGACGGACUCAGACAGGUUAUGGCAAUUAAAUCACGGGUGGUUCUGCCAUAUUUGGUACCACAACUUACCGCACCUCCAGCUAACACCAAAGCGCUCUCUAUUUUGGCUUCCGUUGCUGGUGAUGCUCUUAACAAGUACUUGCUCAAGAUUUUGCCGGCACUCCAGACCUCCCUCGCUACAUCUAGGGGCACCCCUGAGGAAGCCCAACAGUUAGAGUAUUGUCAGGCCGUCGUAUUGUCUGUUAACGAUGAGACUGGCAUAAGAACCAUCAUUGAUGCGAUGUUAGAGAACACAAGAGUGGAGAAUAAUGAUCAGAGAAGGGCUGCCGCAACUUUAUUGUGCGGAUUUUGUGCCAACACUAAGGCCCAGUACACCGAGCACGUGCCUCAGCUGUUACGAGGUUUGAUAUAUCUAUGCACGGAUUCGGACAAGGACGUGUUGCAGAUGUCUUGGGAAGCAUUGGGUGCAGUUGUUAAGGGUUUGGAACCAAAACUACAAUCGUCAUACGUGUCGGAUGUUCGUCAGGCUGUCCGAUACGCCAUGUCAGAUUGCAAGAACACCGAAGGUCUCCUGCCCGGUUUUUGCUUACCCAAGGGCAUUGCCCCCGUAUUGCCCAUAUUCCGUGAGGCCCUCCUCAACGGAGAUGGUGAUGAAAAGGAGGCAGCAGCUCUCGGACUCGGUGAAAUCAUUAGGGUGACCAACGCUUCUGCCUUGCAGACCAGCGUAGUCGCCAUCACCGGUCCUCUCAUUCGUAUUUUGGGUGACAGGUUCAGUGCCAACGUGAAGACUGCCGUCUUGGACACCCUGGCCACAUUAUUAGCUAAGGUGGGCAUAAUGUGCAAGCAAUUCUUACCACAACUGCAAACUACGUUCGUGAAAGCUCUCAACGAUCCAAAUCGUGUGGUACGCCUCAAAUCGGCUGCAGCCCUCAGUCAUCUCAUUGUUAUUCAUCAAAGGGCCGACCCGUUGUUCACUGAGUUACACAACACCAUCAAGAAUACUGAGGACAUCGCUAUCAAAGAGACAACUUUACACGCACUGAGAGGCAUCAUCACACCUGCCGGGGAAAAAAUGUCGGAGCCAGUUAAGAAGCAGAUUCACGCCACUCUAUUGACUUACUUGAAUCACAAUGAAGAAAAUAUCAGAAAAUGCGCCGCUGGUUGUUUGGGUGCGAUAUGCAAGUUCUUACCGUCUGAUCUGCUAGACGCAACAUUUUCUGAACACAUUUUGUGUGACACGUCUGAUAACAAUCUUAAGGAAGGCAGAGGAGCGGCUUUGACGGUGGUUAUCAAGGAAUGUCCGGAAAUUGUUUGGGACGAACAGUACCGCAAUAAGCUGCUUCAAAUUCUUUUGACGCAACUGUCUUCAACCACCGUCAACGUGACCAAAAUUUCCAUUAGGUCUUGCGGAUAUCUUCUUCAAUUCCUCAUGCAAAAUAAGGAAACGUUACCGGCGAAUCUUCUCGGACCUUUUGUCAGGACUAUGAAUAAUUCCAACAAUGAAGUGAAGCAACUGUUAGCCAGGGUCUGCAUACAUUUAGCCAAGUUGAUACCUCCAGAUCACAUGGCUCCGGAUUUGUUGAAGUUAUUGCUUCCUACGCUAGUCAAUGGAACUAAGGAAAAGAACAGCUAUGUAAAGGCCAAUUCUGAAAUUGCUUUGAUAGCCGUCCUUAAACUUAAAGAAGGAGACGUUAUUUACCAGAAUUAUUUAAAUAUAUUGGAUGCGGGUGCCAAGGAGUCUUUAACGGACGUCGUAAGCAAAGUACUGAAAAAAAUCCUCACACAAUCAGAGGGCAAAGAAGAAGAAUUAGACGACACCUUACUGACUUGAUUGCUAGGGUUACGCAUCGGUGUAUAUGCAACGUCGAUUUGCUGUAUCCCUGCGUUAUGGUUUGCGUUUUCUUUGUUUCAUUUUUACACAUAUCCCAUCGUGUCCACAGACUGUGCGCUAAUUUUAAGUUGUAAACUACUACAUUAUUUGGUUAACUAUGUAAAUGUAUUAAUUAAUAAACCAAUUAAGAUCAUGAA